AUGUGUGACGUAGAGCGCAUGUUCCACCAGUUUCAUGUGAAAACAGAAGACCAAGAUUACCUACAGUUCCUUUGGUGGGAGAACGGAGAUCUAGAGUCUCAACCCUCAGUGUAUCGUAUGAAGGUCCACUUGUUCGGCGCAGCUUCAUCUCCUGGUUGCACCAACUAUGGUCUCAAACAUCUUGCUGCCGAAGGACGAGGAAGCUUCAGCGAGAAGUCUAUCCAGUUCAUAGAAAGGAACUUUUAUGUAGAUGAUGGGUUGACGAGCGUAUCGUCUGUUGCUGAAGCGGCCCAGCUGGUGAAAGAAGCAAGAGAGCUUUGCAGCAUCGGCAAACUUCGGUUGCACAAGUUUAUCUCUAACGGCAAGGAAGUUAUAGCCACAAUUCCCAAGGAAGAACGUGCCGAGGGUGCCAAAGACCUGGAUAUGGCUCUGGAUGAGUUCCAGUUUAGAGUAGUUGUCAAGGAACGCCCACUCACAAGAAGAGGAGUGUUGUCUACAGUAGCCUCUGUAUAUGAUCCGCUUGGGUUUGUGGCACCCUUUGUCCUGGCAGGGAAGCAGAUCUUGCAGAGGAUGUGUCGUGACAAAAUCGACUGGGAUGACCCCCUUCCAGAUGACCUACGUUCCCAGUGGGAAUUCUGGCUCCAAGGUCUACAAAACUUGUCUGAAGUAAGGAUCCAACGAAGCCACUUGCCAUCAAGUUUCAAGGAGGUGCAGAGUUAUGAGCUCCAUCACUUCUCUGACGCUAGUACCUCAGGUUAUGGAGAGUGCUCAUACCUCAGAACAAUCAGCACCGCAGGAGAAGUUCAUUGCUCCCUAGUUAUGGGGAAGUCGAGAGUCGCCCCCUCCAAGGUUACGACCAUACCACGACUGGAACUUUCAGCAGCGGUGGUAGCUGUUCGAACAAGUGACAUGCUCAAAAAGGAGCUAGAGAUACAAGGUCUACAGGAAUACUUCUGGACAGACUCAAAGGUAGUUCUUGGCUACAUCAACAAGGAAGCCAGAAGAUUCCACGUCUUUGUAGCUAACCGUAUUCAACGCAUUAAGCAAAGCACAGAUCCCGAACAAUGGAGAUAUGUGACCUGA